AUGUGGAUAAUCAGUAAAAAUAAGACUGUUGGUGAUAAACCUUCAUAUUUAUGUAUAGAUGGAACAAAGAAGCAGACAAUUCUUUUUAAAUUUAAUUACGACUAUGUGUUUGGUGAGAACUAUGGAAGUGGAAGGUAUCUCUUCACUGCCAACUCGGCAAUAACGUACAACAUGGCGUUAAAAAAUCCAUCAAACGGCACAGUUUCAUACAUCCAGAAAUUAGUGUGCAACCGAAAUGGAGUUAUCAGGUAUUUGUUAUUCGACACUGGGUAUGCGGGGGUAACAGAUAACACGGAGUGCACAUGCAAGCCAACAACAACUUCAGUCACAAACGAUUACAACUUCAAUUUCCCGGAUUGCAGAUACAAUUCAACUGCAUUUGAUUUGGAUUUAAGUAUGUUGAGUGGCAACUCGAUAAGUGUUACAAUCUCUCCAACAGCAAAUGUGUGGUAUUCAGCAACAUUUGGUGCAUCAAAGGCGUACACAGUUACUCCGUUACCAACAAACACAGAUGGAAUCACAUUCACUGAACUCACAAUUGAGAGUGAAAAGGCCGUCACUUUUGAGAUGAAAUGCACAGUCAAAACACUCACAAUAAAUUCA